GGCCUUCUUCAGGAAAAGUGGUCUGAUCAGCAAGGAAGGCUUUGAUGCCAUGAAAAAGGAGAGGGGGAAAUGCCGGAUUCUACGGAAAAAAGGCGGGAUCAACCUCAAUGACUUCCAUUGUAAAGUCAGGAAGGCGAUGUGCAGCGAAGCCAACUAUAGCUUGCUCAGAAACAACUGCAUCCACUUUGCCCUCUACCUCCUGGACAUGGCGGAAUUCUACAUGAAACUGGUGGAAAUCCAAAAUGAAGAUGACAGCUGCAGCUGUUGGGCCGUGUCCCGAGCACUGCAGUGAUGGAGGCGGCGAUGCAUCUGGGGGACACACAGGGCCGGAACAUCCUUCCCCAAGGGACCUUGCACCAACAGCUUUGCUCUCCCUCUUGCACAACAGUAAAUGUUUGCACAGAGCACCUGUGCCAACCCGGUGUGAGCAGCUCCAGGCAGGUAAGUGCCAGCACCCCACCCCACCCGUCUCAGCCCUGGCACAGCAGGGCCAAACCCGGCACACCCUGCCUUUUCCUCAGCACCCAUGGGUGCUCAGCACCUAGAGGAGACGGCCCCUUCUCGGAGGGUUUCCCCAACCAUGGAGACCCAAGCUGUGCCCAAGCCACCGGGGAUGGGGGAUGAGCCAGUGGGUCAGCGAUGCUGCCGCUGUCCCCAGGGCACUGGUGGCCCUGAAACAUGGACGGGUCCCCAGACAGUGGCCGGGGCGGCGAGCACAGCAGCGUUCUUCCUCUGCGAGGAGAUGCUGGGCCAGCACUUCGAUGAGGUCCCCGAUGGGGUGGCCGAGCCCCAGCCUGGGGACCUCUUCCUCUUCCCGCUGGCCUCGGGCUGCCCUGGCUGGUGGGAAGGCCAUGCCAGCGUCUACUGUGGUGAUGGGGAGAUCAUCCACCUGGAAGGCAGCUCGGGGACGUCCCCAUCAGGGAUCGUGGCCAAGCACGGCAAGAGCCACCUCCUGCGGACGCGGGGUCCAGCAAAGGUGCUGCGGAAGAAAGGAAGUCUGGAUGCGGCCGCCCUGCAGCAGCGGAUCCGGGCAGCCAUGGACCAGGUGGUGGAGUACGACGCUGUCACAUGCAACUGUGUCCACUUCGCCCUCGCCCUGCUGGGACUGGGCCAGUUCACUACAGCCACGGUGUCCCCAGCGCUGCAGUGAUGGAGGCGGCGAUGCAUCUGGGGGACACACAGGGCCGGAACAUCCUUCCCCAGGGGACCGGCCUUGCACCAACAGCUUUGCUCUCCCUCUUGCACAACAGUAAAUGUUUGCACAGAGCACCUGUGCCGACCUGG